GCGCACGCAGCGGUCGGUGUCAAAGCGCUGAGCGCGUGAAUCAGAGCGCUGACAGACUCAUGAUCGCAUUUUUAUAAUACAUAUAUGAUACAUUUCUCUCUGGACUUUUUUCUUAACAUUUAUCGUUUGGGUUAUCAGAGUAAAGUAAUCUACGAGGACAACAUGUGCAACACGGAAGAGAGCUGUGCUGUGCUGUGCUCCAUGCAGCGGGCUCCAGGGCCUCUGUGGUGCUCCGAUGCCCCUCUCCCACUGACGAAGAUCCCGGGUGGGCGAGGGACAAGCAGGGAUCUCCCUCACAGCGUACUGCACAAGGACGAAAAGUUGACGGUGACCCAAGCGGGGUCGGUAAACGGGGCGCCGUCUGUUUUGCUCUUCCAGUACCAGCUGAGCGAGCAACGGUUCUCUUGCUGGGACACGGUUCUUUCAGACAACGCACUCUACCUGGAAAUCCCGGAUGGAGCGCUCCACAAUGGGAGCAGAGAAGGGUUCACCAGGCUGCUGGAAUUCGCAGAAGAGCAGUUGAAAGUCAGCUACGUGUUCCUGUGGUUUUACAAAAACAGAGACGAUCGAAUGUCCAUCAUGAAGACCUUCCGCUACAUGGGUUUCGAAGUCGUGAAGCCGGGUCACCCGCUGGUGCCGGCCCGACCCGAUCUUCUCUUUAUGGUCUAUUCCAUGGACAGCAGCAGUUCUGAUGAAGAGUGACCAUCACCUACUCGCUCUCAAAAUGCCCCCAGCCCUCCUCUUCCUCCCCCCUUUGUGACCCGCCCCCUUUACCCAGCACCAAAGUGACUUUUAGCCAAGGGCUCAGAAAGGGCAGGGGAAAGACUGGACCAGUUGACACUGAUUGGUUCAGUUUUCGUUGUUAGCCCACCGAUCACUUCUGAUUGGUUCCAUUAGCAAGAGAUGGGUUGGUGCUGACGAAAAAUCCAGCAUAUCGUCUGUUAAUUAACACUAUACAUCAAACUGUGUAUACUGUAUGUUUUGGACUUUCGGAACAAGAAUCAAAGGUAAUAUGACUUUUACAGAAGGGAAGCAUUAAAUUGAUCUGUUUUCGGUGAAGGCUUUGCUUUUGGGUGCUGGUGAAACAGGAAUUCUUCAUUUUAUUCCAGUUUGGAGUCAAACAAGUCUUUUAAAACUCAUUAAGAUUCAUGCUGUGUUCCAUUACUUUAUACUUUAUACACUUUAUACUUUACACAACGUAAUACUUGGAAAGAUGCAAUAGUGUCUCCUAAAAGAACUUCCAACUUAAAUAUGUUAAUCUUCAACUUUUUCAGAAAAGCAAAGUAAAAAAAAAUCAGAUAACAUUGAGUUCUUACAUUUAGAUGAUAAUAAAAUACCCAACUUUGCAUGGAAAACAGCCUUGCUCCACAGUCACACUAGACAUUCAGAAUGCAAGAUUUCUACGCAAACCCCAAAUUCGUAGGUCACCAAAUUUAAGCAAAAUGCUAAUUUUGUUGCAUUCGUAUGCGCAUGAAGUCAGUUGAAUGACUAAUCUAGUGUGGCGACAUCAUCAGAAUCCAUCAUUCCAUACCGCAACAAUGCACGUUGAUCAAGUCUGAAUUAUGAGUGAAACUAUAUUGAACUAUAUUAUCUCUGUUCACCAAGCUUAGUUUAGUAUUUUCUCAGCUUGGCUGCGAGGUUUGCUUGUGGCGUAGAAAUGGAUGUGAAGUCUGGCUUAUUUCUUUAAAACAAGAUGUAUGAGCAUGUUUGUGAUAGAAUAACCAAUUAUAGUUCAUUCGAAGGCCCCGGCAUCUUCAUUUUUGCAGGAUUCUCUUCUUAGGGAGGUGCAUAAGAGUCUUACCCAAGUCCUGUCUCAACGUAUCACACCUUUUGUCUUCACCAUCUUAAAUCAAAGCAUCAGGAAACAGAACCAACCCCACCCCUGGCCCCUUGGGGCUUUUUCAUAAGCACUUUAGGAAAACGCAUGCAAUUCAGAUUGUGGUGCAUUGUAUAUCCAUUAGAGACGGAUAUACUUUGAGCUGCCGAGAUGUCUUGCCGUGUUUAGCGAACUUGACACACUUGCCAAAGAUAAUGGUCUCCAUUCAAAGCUAUGGCCUCAAGUUUCAUACAGAUAAUACUGGUGAAUUUACACUUUUUACCAUAGAAGCGCCAUCAGGUAGCAAGAUCGGACUCGGUGCAGUCAGGUAUAACAUGCAAAAACAUUCCCCAAAGCAGCAGCCUCUCUUUCUUUGAUAACUGGUCAUCUCUAUGGUGCAAUCUCUAUGUUCUGAAUCCAGCUCUGUGUGUUUAUCCAGCAGGAUGGCAUGUGUAAAUAUAUCUUUUCUUUCCUUGUUAGCUGUAACAAUAAGCUUUUAAAGAGUUUCUCGUUCAUCUACUUAAAUUUUAUUUUUUAUCUUGAGCAAAUGAUUUCAUCUAUGUUGAUUGAUGUUUUUCGUAGAAUAGAAUUUUGAUUAUACAGAUAUUAUCAUUGAUUGACACAUGUCUACCUUAAACCUUUCCUUAUGUCCAAAUAAACGUGUUAAA